AUGUGCCCCUUUGAGGCAGAAAACCAGGCGCUGUUCGUGAGCAAGCACUAUGAGCAGACCACCAAGGACGAGCUGCUCGAGCACCUUGUGUUGGAGUUGAAGAUCCGGGAGGCGCAAAUCCAGAUUGUGUUGCUUUUGGAGAUUAUUCUUUGCAUGGCCGUUGACGAGGCGGACUUCCUAGACACGGGCCGGAGGCAGCAGGCCCAAGCCGCGGCUUCAAAACGGAAGCCUGCGCUCAUCCGGCGCAAGAAGAAAAAAGUGAUUGCCACGUUCCUUGGUGUCGGGGUCACGGAACCCGAAGGGGUGUCGGGAACUGUGAUGCUUUCCCCGAAGCAGGACCACAUGUCGCCACUGAGCCUAUAUACAUCGUUGGUGGGCUUGAUUGACCAGAUCGGGCUCUGGGACUCGCUCUUGGAGCACGGCAGGACCGACAAGGACGAAAACACACAGGGCUUCUUGGCGUUUGUGGUGGUGCCUUUCUUUGGUAAGGGCCUCCCCAAAACCGUGCUGUUUAUCAUCAAGCAGAUCAAGGGUCUCCGGCCCAAUAUCCUGAGGACGCGAUGGACGAAAAGCGCCUCCUCGCUAGAACCUCCUGGCCUGCCGCAGAACCAGCCCAGCGAUCCACAGUCCAAAUUUCCCAAGAUAUCCAUGAGCACAGACUCGAUCCCAACGCUUCCCCGCGCCUCCACCACAACGGAUGCCGACAGCAUCAAACCAGCAUUCUCGUUGAAACGGUCCAAGUCGAACUUGGGCACACGCAACUUGAAGCGGCGCCAGGUCGACAUGUCCGUGGCUAAGAACGAGCCUGCGGACACGGAGCCUGGGAAAUCCAAUCUGUUUCUUUUCACUGAUGCCCGACGAGUCAAGUCGGGAGCUAGUCUUGCCCAAAGUAGCCAGUCGUUUACCAACGUGCGGCAGGUCGAGGCGACACCGGCAAAACCAGCCGCCCCUGGUGCCUCAAGAAAUGCGCCCCGGGUGUUUGCCACGCCCCAGGUCCUCGCCACGCCGUCGAAUCAACGUACCGUUGAUGGGGGCUAUAUCGUGAAAGAGACGCCCCAGGGCCGGCAGGAAAAGAAACCAUCGGUGCAUGAACGGCUCUCUCAGGUGGCACGGGAAUCGCCCGUGAAAUCCAUGGGCAUUGUGUCUUCGCCAGUGAGA